AUGUCUGCCCAGAGGUUGACUUCUAACAGAACGUCCCUGCAGUCGGCUUCUAAUUCUGACUACACCUGGGAGUAUGAGUACUACGAGAUUGGACCAGUUUCCUUUGAAGGACUGAAGGCUCAUAAAUAUUCCAUUGUGAUCGGAUUCUGGGUUGGUCUCGCUGUUUUUGUGAUUUUCAUGUUUUUUGUGCUGACUUUGCUGACGAAGACAGGUGCCCCACAUCAAGACAAUGCAGAGUCGUCAGAGAAGAGGUUCAGAAUGAACAGCUUCGUGUCAGACUUUGGAAAGCCACCGGAGUCAGAUAAGGUGUUCUCUCGUCAGGGCAAUGAGGAGUCCAGGUCUCUCUUCCACUGUUAUAUCAAUGAAGUGGAACACUUGGACAGGGUGAAAGUCUGCCACCAGACUACAGCCAUCGACAGUGAUGUUCAUCUCCAGGAAGCCAUCCGGAGCAGUGGGAGGGCUGAGGAGCAGCUGAGCAGGUUUAUGAAGUUCGACAUCCCCAACUUCGUAAACACGGACCAGAACUCCUCUUUUGGGGAGGAUGACCUUCUGAUUUCAGAACCACCUGUUCUUCUAGAAAAUAAGCCGGUUUCCCAGACCUCACGUAUAGACCUGGGCUGA